AUGUUUUCCACAGUUCAAGUACCAACAGAAAGUAUAGAAGAUAAGUACAGUGUGAUAUUGCCAACAUAUAAUGAGCGAGGAAAUUUACCAAUACUUAUUUGGUUGCUGGCAAGAACAUUUAAAGAACAUGAUUUAAAUUGGGAAGUUAUUAUAGUCGAUGAUGCUUCACCAGAUGGUACACAAGAGAUUGCAUUACAACUUGCAAAAGUUUAUGGACCGGAUCAAAUAAUUCUUAAGCCUAGAGCUGGUAAAUUAGGUUUAGGAACUGCAUAUGUUCAUGGAUUAAAAUUUGUAACUGGCAAUUUUGUCAUUAUUAUGGAUGCAGAUUUUUCACAUCAUCCUAAAGGUGGUUGGGAAAAUGAUGAAACAGAGCAAGAAGCUGCUGCUAGAGAAACAUACGAAGAAGCUGGAGCAAGAGGCAGAGUUAUAUCGUUUAUUGGAGCAUGGGAUCAUGAUAUAAAUAAAUCGACAGGGUUACCAAAAGCAAUGUUCAGUUUCUUUGAGAUGGAGGUAGAUCAAUUAGAAGAUAGAUGGCCAGAAAUGGAUGAACGUGAUAGACAAUGGGUUUGUCUUUUACUUCAAUUAAAAAAUACCAAUUAUUUUAAAUAA